AAUGUGCCUGAUGCUCACAGAAGACGCCAAGAAACUCUGCCGCGUUGUGGCUCGGAGACUUCACGGCUGCUCGACAGCCUCAGUGCUGUCGUGGUUCAGCUCAACGUCACUGAGGAUAGUUUCUGCUGCUGCGAGCUGAUUGUGGCCCCUCCUCCCAGUCCAAGCAUCUCUCACCAGUCGGUCAAUGCCACCAUUAAACAUAAGCCUUUGGAUGCUUUGGAGAUGCCGUCCUCCAGCAGCUGGGUGGCCUCCGAGAUCAGCAGCGAGAUCUCAACCUCUGAAAUGAGCAGCGAGGUGGGAUCGACGGCUUCUGACGAGCCGCCUCAAGUGACCGUGAAUGAAAACAGUCCGGCCUACCUCAGCGAACAGCGCUGUAUGCUCCACCCUGUCGGCACCUCGAACUUUUUCCUCGACAGCGACGAUGACGAGCCCAUUGAAGGUGUCUUACCCAACGGCAGCCGAGUGGAAGUGAAGGUGGACAUCCACUGGAGCCAAGCCAAGGAGAAACAGGUCCUGCUACCGGUGCCCCUGGAAGCCAGUGGCGAAGGCAUCAGCAUCAGCGCCAUGGAGGACAAAAGCUGGCCCCUCAGGAAGGCCAACCUUUCCCCCCUGGGGACCAUCGGCUGCCGUCAAGGCAAUGGCUGCGUAGUUUCUGAGGAGAGGAGCCACAACCUCAUCGAAGUAGCACCUGCUGCGCCUUUCAAAAAAAGGGGGGGUUACUUUGCUGCCCCGGCUCAACCUGAUCCAGAUGAUGAAUUUAUCAUCCCUCCUGAGCUUGAGGAGGAGGUCAAGGAAAUAAUGAAACAAAUCCAUGAGCAGCAUGGACAACAACAACAACGUCCAUACUAGAUCGACUAGCUGCCUGAUUAUUAUGACACACCGCUGUGACCCAGUUUGCUGAAAUGAGUUAGGGGGGCAUUGAGAGCUGGUGCCCCCUUGGUUUUUAUUACACUAGCUGGGUGCGGGAGGAAGAAACUCCGGUCCUGCUGCCCCAUUCCAGCCUUGCCCCUCUACUGAGAUCUGUGGCUGCUUCUUUUGGUUGCAUAUGGGGCAUCUGUGAGUGAUGCUUGGGGCCAUGAUCUGGAUCCUCUUAGCAGGGGGGCACCUAUGAAAGCCGCGUUAAGAACGAGGUGGGUUGUUGAGCCCCAGAAACCCGACUUAACUUCAUCUUUUUCCACUGUUAACUUUUACAGGCACAUUUUU